AAACAAACGCAGCAUCGCUAACGCCAAAUCGCGACAGCUAUGCCGAUCUAAAAGCACUGUCUUAUGUAUAGAACUGAAAUGUUUGCCUGGCUCAUAUAAAGCGUGCAAAUGAGAGACAACGAGACGCCCAGAUUUUUGAAAAUCUAAAAAGAGAUGAAAGCUGCAGAUUGUCUGAAAAGAAAAUUAAUUUUACAUAAAGGAUAACUGCAAAGUUCUUGACAAGAGUCGUGAAAAUCGCACAGAUAACGAUGAAAUUCGUCCAAAGAAUACAUUUUGGAUGAAAUUCUCAAUAUAUCUGGAGACAUAUUCCGUUACAGUACCAAUUUGCGGACCUUACAGACGCUUGCAAUCACCUCCUACUUACACAUGCAUGUUGAAAGUCCUCGUAAAUGUUUUUAUAGAUGAAAACAAGACUCGAUACUAUCGCGAUCAAAAUGAUGUCAAAAAAUACUCAUUCAGCGAUGACAAAGUUUAUGACUUCAUUUUAAUGUGGCUGUUGUUUAUGACAACACUCAGGAUUUACAAGUGUUGCAACUGUAUUCUGAUAUUUUCAGUAAGAGCUAUGAAACAGUCAAAGUGAAAUAUUUGCAGACAUGGAGGGUCUAAUGAUUUAAAUUGGCUAAUAGUUGGAACAUCUGCGCCCUUAGAACAAGUCACGUGGUAACAGGAUUCUAAAUCAGAAGAGCCAACGGCAUGAGGUGCAAGUAGUGUGAAAAAUUCGAGGUGGAGACAGGUGGUGUUCUUAAGCUCUCAAAGACGAAAAAGGUUCUCAUGCGAAGCUGCUGCAACGAGCAAGUUAGAAUAUAUAUUCAUGCUCAGUAAUGUAAGAGUGUUGCGCGCCUGUUAAUCGCGUACAGCAAAACUGACUUAAAGCGAAUAAUCUGAUAAAAUAUAAGUCAAGUGAAAUCAGAGAAAGAAAGCUCCAGAAGAUUGGAUUCUAGGCAAUAACGAUGUCUUUUAACACAGAAUCGAUUCCAUUUAUCUUCAUUGGAAUAAUCAUUCUCUGCGGAAAUUCAUUUGUUUGUCUUCUGUAUUACAAGCACGCAGUUCUGCGUACGAUAACGAACAAGUUUGUCGUUUCCGUCGCCGCUUGUGACAUGAUGAUAGCAGUGAUAUUCAUUCCGUUGUACAUUUUAAGCAAACAAUUCAGUGGCUAUGUGGCAGCUCUGUCCAGCUUUGGUUCGUUGUUAAAUCUACUUGCUCUAACAUACGAGAGACAUGUAGCUGUCUUUCACGCACUUCGAUACUACGAGAUACUAGCCAGUUGCGUGUCCGUUUGCUCGAUUGAAGUUUGGACGACAACAAUAAUUAUAACGUUGUUUCCUUUGCCAUGGGAACUAACCAUGUCUAGCGAUGAUUACCAGAAAUGGCACAAGAUCUACAAAGGCAUUCUUACAACAAUUAUCAUUCUUGUCAUCUCCUUUACAUUGUUUGUCUACUUGAGGAUUUUCAAAGUUAACAGACACCACGUACAAAUAGAAGCUAACAUGCAAUCAAUGAGGUUCUCGCAGGUUUUCCGCGGGAAAGAAAAGCCAAAACGCAAACAUGUGCUGGAGCGCCUUCUUCUUCCCGCAAGAAGAUCAAUUCGAUUUGGUCACAGUAGGAUUUUUGGUGGUCGAUCAAAAAGUGAAAGCACGGAUCUCUCAAUUUUGAAUGGUGGUUUUGACGAACAUGCUACGGAUCAAAAAACAAACGAGAGCGUCGUAGAAGAUUCCUCUGUGAAUAGCUUAACAGCCUUGCAUGGAAAUUGUGCGCCACGACGAAAAGCCGAAACAAAUUUCUCUCAAUUGUCAAAGGAUGUGACUUUUCAAUCAAGCAAUAUAGAUAGUGUUCAUGAAAAUGGCAAAAAUGAGCAAAAAGCUGAAAAGAUUAUGGUAAGACCGAUUGCUGCAAAUGAUGAAGGAAACAGUGAUCGAGGAAUAGCGAGUUUGAAUAGUUCAAGAAGUAAAGAAACCACUUGUUCUUACGCAGGGAAGCUGAAAAGACGAGCAUCCUAUCAAAAGAGCCAAGCUGCGCGCAUCAUCAUUCGCGAAAUAAAAGCAGCUAAAAUCAUCGCACUAAUCUUCAUUGUGAACUGCCUUUGCUGGCUUCCGAUCAUUAUUAUAAAUAUCUGUGAUGUCAUUUCACCAAAAGGUCAGGCUUUCAUCUCACCAACGUUCCUAAACAUUUCGCUGUACUUUUUCGUUCUGAACAGUCUUCUAAACCCCUUUAUCUAUGCCAUUUGCAAGAAAGACUUUCGUAAGGUGAUUGCAAGACGGCUGCGGUUGCUUCGAUUGCAGUUUCAAUAAAGAGUAAUCCUUCACCAGCCCAAUGAGACAGUACACUUGCUGUUAUGUUCUCACGUAUAUUCUUUAUGUGAAUAGGACAAAAUAGUGUUUGAAUUUAAUAUUUCAUAUGUUUUUUGUAAAAGCUUUGAAAUCGGUGCCGAUAAUAAAAUCAAACAUUUUUAUUCAUUUAGCCGAGAAACCAUUAAGCUGAAAUAAAUACCUAUAAACUAUUCGGAGUUGGUAAAAUAUUAUCCAUUUCAAAAUAUAGUAUUGGAACACUUGUGCUAAUGUUGGUAUCUUAUUUAAACCAAUUGAUUUGUUCUUUUGUAGAUAUUGUUUGUACUGCUUUUCUUAAGGAGAGCGUCAAUCAAGAUAUUACUAACUUUCUUUUAAAUUGUACAUUGUAUGUAGAUGAUCAAGGUUGAAGCUUUUAAAGAGAUUGAUUUCUUUGGUGCUAAAUCUAAUCUUCAAUGACUGUAGAUGUCUUUAUUGGAAGUUUGUGUGCAAUUUAAAAUGGAAUGAGGUGUGAAACCAUAUGAUCAAAGUAAACAAGCGUAAGAGGACAGUAAGAGAAUAGAACAGUUAAGUAUCGAAUUUUAACUACAUUGUUGUAGAUCAUUGCUGUAAGAGCGAUGAAGUAUAAACAAGGCUCAACAGGAUUUUUAAUCAAAGUUACUUUCCUUUGUAUUCGGUUGGAAUAUUUCACGCUUUGAGGAGGGAUGUUUCUGGGAAGGCAGGGAGUGUAGCAGAUUCGUAAUAGGAUUUAAAAUCUCAAACAACGUACAGACGAAGACAAAUAUAUCAUUGCUUCGAAUAAAAACAAACAAAAUAUAUACAAAGCAAAAAUCAUGAAUUCUUUUUUAGGACAUUAGGACAGUGAUGAGCGUUAUGCCCUGCUAAUUAUCUUGUUCCUCUCUACAAUUCUCUUGUCUUUCUUCAACUUUCUGUAUUGAAGCAUUGGAAAAGCUUAGGAAAUCUAUCAUGUACCCGAGUAUUUAUCAAAAGUUUCGGCUUUAAAGUCUGGCGACUAUUGGAAAAAGAACUUCAAAUAUGAGAACAAGCAAUGGUGAAUUCAAAAGGCCUGUCUUUCAUCGUACUGUUUAUAAAAGUGUCAUAAAAAUAUAGGAUUGCCCUUUUUGCAAUAUUUUAACAAAUGGAUCUGGGCGUUUAUUAGAUAGAGUGUCUCAUGAAUCUUAUCUAGGCCAAUGGCUUGAAAUUUAGGAAAAAUAUUUUCGAGUCUAUUAAAUUUGAAACCUUCUUUUCUCCUAGCUCCGAGAAUUUUGGAUAUCAGAAUUUCUUAAAAGUCUGUGUCCUUCUUCUGUUCAUGAUUCCUUCAAGCCAAUUUCAACUGCUCAUACGAUUUAGACUUACCUGGUAAGGAUGGUUUCUCAAACAAUACAAUACUUUAAAAAGAAACUUUGGAAUAUUUGUUUCACUAUUCAUAAAUGUAGCUGCAGAGUUUUCUGGAAAUUGAUUUCCUGGAUUCGUAAAGUUAUAACACAUAAUUUGUGACAUUAGGUAAGUUUAGCUAUAACUGGUAACUUUCCAGUCUAUGUCAUUCUGAAAAAUUUUCUUUUCCAAGUUCUUUGUUUAAAUAAGGGUGGGGGUGGGGGGGGGGGGGGUGGUCUUUUUGGAUUAGUUUAGUUACUUAUAAAGGUAAUCUUUUAUUAAUCAAUAUUGAAUACAACCAUUCAAUAUAAUUUUAUACUAAAUUUCAGGAUACAAAUAAUACAAUAAAUGUAAUAAAAUACAAUUCUGUAAAAGUUAAUAUUUGUUUCGGUAUUAUUAGUUUCUUUUCAGUUUCUUUGCUGAAAGAUUUUGGCUAGAGUAUUGUGCUAAGUAUGUUUGUGAUUGAUUGAAUUCGUCACAGACUGAAACACAUUCAAUGAAGGUUGGAAAAGCGAAAAUGGCCAAUAUUAUUUUUUUCUCUAGUGUUUUUCUAGCCUUGAUGUCAUAUGAAUAAAAACAAUGUAGCUAAUUUGCUUUUUUGCACUUUAAUUUCCUGCAAUAAAUUUGAACUUCAUAGGUGUGCAAAAAUCCAAGCAUAUAGAUUAUUGGAUUGAUCCAACGUGCUAGUUGCAAUGGUUGUGGACGGUUAAUUAAAAACAGCAUGUCGAUUUAGGCAGACAACACAUCUGCUCUGACAUCUUUGAGGGAUUCUUCGCAGGGAUGAAAAUUUCUAGCUGAGACAGAUUAAAACUAAGAAAUAACAUUAAUAAUGGAUUUUGAAAUACCAUUUUCCAAAGCCAAAUCGAUGCUGGUUAGCAGAAAAAUAGAACAUAUUUAGUAGAAAAAAAUACAGGAAAGCAAAAAUCGUUGUUCAAAAAGAGUAAACGAUAGACAGGAACCAUGCAAAACGACGAGGGAAGAUCUAAUGUCCCGUAUGCCGAGCCAAAAUAUUAGUUAACUUUUAAUUUUCUCAAAUUUGAAUUUUUAAACGAAAUUCCAUUGAUGUUCCUGGUCCUUUUUGUCGUCGUUAUCCAUCGCUUGUGUUUACUACGUUAACCUCGCAAGGUUGAUAGAAUCCAGCGGACGCCUCUCUCUUCUUGGUUGAAGAAGAAAAAGCUGGUUUCAUAACUAUCCUGCAGAACUUAACAGCUAAUAUGGCCUGCAUCAGUGAUAGCAUGCGAGUGCGUGGAACAGAGGCUGUCCUCGAAACGGUGCAAUCUCUUACGAUUCGUUGAAAGUCACAACAAGCUUUGAUUGUGAACAUGAAUGUUAAGAGGCCUGGGACAGUGGCAAUCUUCUUCUGCGAUAAUUUUCUCCUUAUUCAGCUAAAGUUAAUUUUGCAUGCACUUCCUAAAUCUAUAAUUAGCUAUACAUGCUUCUGUCACACUUAAUAUCAUUUAAACUAGUGCAAGAUAAUUUUCAAAAAAAGUUUAUAAAAAUAUUGAUUCCUCUACUUCCUGUGUUCCGAUUAGUUUUUGACUGAUUGCACUAGCUUUCUUCUAAAAAUUCUGGUUUCUGCGUUGACGAUUCUAUAGCUUUUCUGAUAGUCAUUUCAUAAGAGGUUGAUGCAUUAAAAAUCAAACAACUUUUAACCGAAUAACACUUUACCUUCAAGUACUCAGAAUGCAAAGUAAAGAGAAAAUCGGUUUCGCGAAAGCAUGGUCUGGGUAGAGCAUGGUCUAGGAGCAGGCGUCAUAGAGAGGCAGAUGAAUCAGACGACAGGAACAGAUGUUUUGUUGGGAGUCAAGGAAGGAGUUUCUAAAUCCCUCCUUAUCCAAAUGUCUACAAGGCUAUGGACAAAAGAAAAAGAUUAGGAUUAAGAAGAAAAAUAGUCACAGGGAAGCCUAAUCUACAUAAAAACUUUAUCUGAAGAUUUGGUAGAGUGGCAACUUAAAAUGAUGAUAAAGGAAGGGUAAGUCGAUACAGAGAGAAGCUACUUAAAGGGUCGAGCUGAUUAGAAAUCAUCAUAGCGACAGAGAAGUCAAUUGACAACGUCGACACGAAGUGUUUUGAGGCUCAUUAUCCGAGUUUAUCAGGUUGAAAUUCUCAGAAAAAUAACAAAAUCGCCCACACAAAGUCUAUCUGUAAGGUUCUAGGACUGACUAUCGCAUUGAGAAAAGUCAGCUCAUAUCAAGAUAGCAUUUAAUCGUAGUCCCUUUUCUCAAUGUGACUUUACCUUGAGAUCUACAUUAAAUUACAGACAGCUGCCAUGUUUGCUCAGUCUCAUAUUCGUCCAGUGCGAGGGCUCAAGCUAAGCAUACUCUCAAACCAUUCACAAAUCACUUGACUUUGCGUGCUCAUCAUCUCGCCCAUGAACCAGUAUCUCUAGAUGUUAGCCUUCUGAGUAUCAUCUUAUCUCGUGAAUUUUAGAAAAGCGUUGUCACUUCGAUGUUGCAACCUGGUACACUUUUUAUAACGUUGAACGUAUCUGUUAAAGAACGUGGUUCAAUUCUAUUAUUGAGCUUACUUCAAUGUCAGCCAAUUAAUGUCUAUGCUGAAAAACGUUCGACUUAGAGCUGUUAGUUCGACACUGAAUUCACGAGGUAAGCUCCUCAUUGGCUAACAUAAACGUUUGGUUUCAACGCUAUCGAGUUCGCGACUAGAUAAAGUGGUGUAUGUGCAAGUUGAGGUACACGUGAAGACACGUGAUUGGAAAAGGUUUGUUGUUCAUGGGAUCUGCUAUUUGAGUCAUUGGACAGUACGAACAUGACAGUGAGAAAAGAUGGCAGCUCCUUGUUAUUCAAGGUGUCGGGACAUAAAGGUGAAGUCACAUUCAGAGAAAUGUGUUCAAACCUGGUUCAGUGUUCAAAAGACACGUUUAAAUGUUAUGUGGAUGUACAUGUAGUACCGUAAAUUUAGGUGGGAUUUGUUUUCAGUGAAGCAUGGCAAUCAAAUUAAUCCCACCAAAUUUUCUUUAAAACUGAAAUUUUUUUUACCAAAUUCUACGUUCAAUGCUAAAAAAACUCGUUUGACACCGAUUGAAUUUCAAACAUAUAAAUUUCCAGUUUGUGGUUCUUCUUCGUCAUCAACAUACCUAAUAUCAAGCUCAUCUUCACUGGCUCUACAUAAUUUCUCUCAGUUAUUUCUUUCAAACGUUCAAGUACUUUUGAUCUGAAAGUCUUGAUAUAUCGCUAAAUUUCGGUCAGAAUUUCUAAUUCCAUUGUUGCGAUUGGUGAUAAGAAAUAUUGCGAACUAUAACGCUUUCAAUUGAUGUUCCUCCAUGAAAUAUGAACAAAAUAAUUAAUGAAACAAAAUAGACCUCCUAAAUGAAGGUUUAUGACAUUGUUACCUUCUUUGUAACUUUUAUGAUUGCGUUCCACAUAAUUUUAUGUUGAAGUUAGAAAAUAAAUUUGGCUUUCCUUUACUCCUCGAAAUUCUUUCUUUCCACCGAAAUUUUUCAAGUUCUCACCAAAAUUUAGAUCAAAGUCUAAAAAAUAUGACCGAAAUUUUUCUACCGAAAAUAAAUCCAGCGAAAUU